CUCGAUCCAUCCAUCUCAGCCAUUUUUCCACUUCGUACUUGACUCCGGGAUCUCUCUCCCAUCUCUUCUCCGCCUUCGGAAACGCUGGAAAAAUUCUCACCACCCAACAACCAUGUAUUCCUUGACCUCUCUCAGACGAUCCUCGGCGUCGGCGCACCGUCUCUCCCUGAUCCAACAACGACUCCGGACCCGCCAAUUCUCGUCGCUGCCUCUGAUCAACGCUUCAAAAAUCGACUCCGAUGAUCGAAAAGAUUCCGUUUCCAGCUCUUUCGUGAAAUGGAUCUCGGGGAUCGCGGUUGGUUCGACCUUAGGAUUAGUCUACUGGUACUACUCGGGUUCGGAUCGGAGUUCUGCGUUCUUGAAGAAACCCUUUUUGUCUUUCGCUGAGUGGUCGACGGCCACUGCUGAAUCCACCGUUGAUGGUUCGAGAAACGCGUUUCGCAAACUGGCCCUCCCUGACUACAGCUCGAAGUUCAUCUUCGGAGAAGUGCAUAGGAGAAAAGUUUUCUUUAACUAUGAGAAGCGGUUAAGGUUGCGGAGUCCACCGGAAAAGGUUUUUGUGUAUUUUGCCUCUUUUCGAACUCCAGAAGGAGAAUUACUCAUGAGACCGGCUGAUCUGAUGCGAGCAGUUGUUCCUGUUUUUCCUCCAUCAGAAUCCAACCUCGUUAGAGAUGGUUAUUUGUCAGGGGAAAGGAGUCCUGGUGAACUACGUUGUGAUCCUUCAGAAUUUUUCAUGCUUUUUGAUAUGAACACUGAUGGACUUAUAUCUUUCAAAGAGUAUAUCUUUUUUGUUACAUUACUCAGCAUCCCUCAGUCAAGCUUCUCUAUCUCAUUCAAAAUGUUUGAUGUCGACGACAAUGGGGAGAUUGAUAAGGAAGAAUUUAAGAAAGUGAUGGCUUUGAUGCGAGCUAAUAAUAGACAAGGGGCAGUCCAUAGCGAUGGUCUUCGCAUCGGGUUAAAAGUUACCGGGUCUGUGGAGAACGGAGGUCUGGUGGAGCACUUUUUUGGGAAAGAUGGAAAGGCUCGCCUACAACAUGAUAAAUUUGUUGAAUUUUUGGAAAAAUUGCAGGAUGAGAUGCUGAGAUUGGAGUUUGAACAUUAUGACUACAAAGGCCGAGGAACCAUAUCAGCCAAGGAUUUUGCAUUAUCCAUGGUUGCUUCUGCUGAUAUGGGUCAUUUAGGCAGGCUGCUUGAGCGGGUUGACGAAUUAAAUGAUGAGCCACAGCUUAGGGAGAUUCGAAUUAAUUUGGAUGAAUUCAAACAUUUUGCUGAGCUACGUAGAAAAUUGCAGCCAUUUUCUUUGGCUCUUUUUAGUUAUGGGAAAAUAAAUGGCCUAUUGACAAAGGAUGACUUCAAACGAGCAGCAUCUCGUGUCUGUGGCAUAAAUCUUACGGACAAUGUUGUAGAGAUCAUUUUCCAUGUGUUUGACUCCAAUCGUGAUGGGCAUUUAAGCUCAGAUGAGUUUGUUAGAGUUUUACUUAAAAGAGAAAGGGAUAUUGCUCAACCUGUAGAGUCAGGAAUCUUGGGACUUUUAUCUUGCUGCUGGAACUGUUCAAAUAAUAGCUCCAUUGGGCGGGUGAUCUCAUAAUCUGUCUCCACAUAUAGGAUUUCCAACAACGGAGAAGCUUCUGAUAUCUUUCCGAAAGGUUGAACCUGUUAUCAGCCGACUUGCAUUGCAACUAUGGAAUGUGCUUGUGAUUUGAAGCCAGGAAAAUAGCUGUCUGUUAACUUAUCAAGGCAUUAUCAGUUACAUAACCUUGUAGCUAAAACUGAUCUACUAACUGCCUCAGUUUGUUUCUUAACUGAUCUGGGUACAUCUGCAUUGUGAUUUAGUCAUCGGUAUCCCUUGUGAUCAGAAGCUGUUGCAAAAUCGUGAUAAGAAAUUUGUACAAGUUGAGGUGGAUGGCUAACAAAUGAUGUAUAUUCCCUGACAUGGACUUUUCUCGUGGGUUGAUAUGAUAUCGAAUCCUUGUAUGCCCUUUCAUGCAGUUUAUAACCCCUUUUUUUUGCCGCUUCCCCUUAACACGUUACUGCAGACCACAAAUCUGUAUAGUCGUUUCUUAUACUAUGUAAAUAUUGUUUUAGUGAAUAAAUAUUCAUCUUUGAAAGAGUGUGCUUGCACAA